AUGACUUCCGACACCAGCGAAGAGUCGCCGCUGCUCAGCAGCAGCAGCAAUAGCCAGCAGCAGCAUGUUGAAGCAGACGCUGCUGCCAUCAGGCACGGCCUGCUCUGGCGCCUCUACGCGUCGCACUUUUUGUCGACGUGGAACAUGCGCAGCUACGAGUUCACCGUGAUCCUCCUCUUUGCGCAAGCGUAUCCGAACACGCUGCUGCCGACGUCGGUUAGGGGCGUGCUGACCAACGGCGCGGCGCUGCUGCUGUCACCGAGCAUCGGGCGCUGCGUCGACCGCAAUGCGGCGCGCUUCCGCACCAUGCGGCUCACCAUUGUCGUGCAGCGCGCAGCCAUCGUCGCCGGCUGCGCGCUAUGGGCGGCCGUGUUUCUCUCCUCUGGGGCCUGGUCUUCUCCUCUUUCGACGGGCAAGGAUGUCCUCGUCGCGGCCCUUGUCGGUCUCGGCAUGGUCGAGCGCGUGUGCGCCGUCGCCAAUAACCUUGUCAUGGAGCGCGACUGGGUGCCGACCAUGGCGUCCGCGGUUAGUGGUGGAGGGGGAGGCGGCGGCGGGAGCAGCGGCAACCCGCCGCCGCUGCACACACUCAACGCCACCAUGCGCCGCAUCGAUCUCGUGUCCAAGAUCCUCGCGCCCGUCUUCGUGUCGGCCAUUGCUAUCGGCGCCGGCACCGACAAGGGCGCGCUGUACCUGGCGGGGGUCACGGCGGCUAUGAACCUCGGCACCGUGGGGGUCGAGCUCGUCACGGCCCGCGGCGCCUGGGACCGCUGCGUUGCGCUUAGGCAGGCGCGCGAGGCCAAGGUCGCCCUCGUUCCUGGUGAGGGUGGCGAUGGCGACGCUCGCGAGCUGCUGCUUACGCUGGGUGCAAGCGAGGAUAGCGCGCUCGCAGCUGAUGACGGUCGCGGCGUGAGGCGUCAAGCUUCCUCUGCUAGCGGGUCGGGGACGAGACUUGGCAGGGGCAGCAGCAUCGGCAGUCUACGGCUGUAUUUCAGCAGCGACGUACUGCACAAGAAACUAAACAUUUUCCCGCCGACAGCCUCCCUCUCGGCAGCGCUGCAGUCCUUCUCGGUGCUCUCGCUGUCCGGGCCCAUGACGACGUACCUGCUGACGCGAGCGUACUCGCUGUCGGUCAUCACGUCGGCGCGGACGGCCAUCUCGGCCGUCGAGAUCGGGUCGACUGUGGUGUUUCCGGCGGCAGCGUCGCUGCUCGCGCGGCACCACAACCGACGGCACCGCUGGAGCGACCCGAUGGCGGUGCUGGGGCUCGCGGGCGUGACGCUGCAGCUGGCGCUGCUGGUGCCCUGCUUUGCGGCGCUGGCGCUGAUGCCCUCUCCCUCGUCGCCAUCGACAUCAGCAUCCUCUGCCAAUGAUCAAGACAACAACAGCCCAGCGCCAUCGCUGACGGUCGCCUUCUUCGUGUGCCUCGGGCUGAGCCGGCUCGGGCACUGGACGCACAACCUGGCGGUGCAGCAGAUCGCGCAGACGCGGGUCGACGCAGCCCACCGCGUCGAGUUCUCGGGCGUCGAGAUGGCGUUUGUGAGCGCGGCCGAGAUUGGCCGCUGGGCGUCGACGGCCGUGUGGGGCCGCCCGGAGCAGUUUACGGGCGUGGCGGCCGGCGGACUGGCCAGUGUCGCGGUGGUGUGGGCGCUCUUUGCCGCGUGGGUGGUGGGUGUGGUGGCACGGAAGAGAGGGGGGAUAAAAAUAACACCCAUGUACUGUGAGACGUGA